AUGUUUCCGAAUGAAAAAGAACAGAAAACUUACAUACUAGACAAACAAAUGACCAGUUAUAGGAAUGACGAUAUAUCAGAAAUGUACAUGUAUCAAUCAUUUAUAAAGCUGUUGAUAUUGGGUAUAUUUUGUAAAGAUGUAUCGUGUAACUGCGUUAACCAACGACCUGAUGCAGAAUGUGAUGCUCUGGCAGCUCAAGGAAUGUGUUUAUUGAACCCUGCAUUUACCAAUUGUCAAUGUUCUAAGUCCUGCUAUGCACCACUAUACUGUAGUAUACACGGUAAUUUAGAUCGAUAUUGUGAUUGUAUAAGUACAGCACCUCAUUGUGAUACAUCACCAAGUAUAGUAUCUUCCUGUCCAACAACUUGCCAAUAUAGAGCUGCAACCACAUGUCCAACACCAGCAGUAAAUCACGUUGUGUUUUCUGCCGCUCCACCUUAUAAAUAUGGUGAUAUAAUCAACAUGACCUGCGCCCAUGGAUUUAAUAAAGUUGGCGGAUCAGCUGGUACGAGGUUUUGUAAUGUUGGUGGUUGGUGGUAUAAUAGUCCAAUUGAUGGAGAGGCCCCAAUUUGUCAAGAGAGGGUAGUGUACCGAUGUACUCACAUUGUUCAAAUACCAUAUGCUGUACCAUCUGUACCAAUAGCAGAACCAGGUACCGUAGUAACCUAUAUAUGUCAAGAGAAAUCGGUUAAACUUGGUGGAGGUUCAGGAACUCAUAUUUGUAAUGAGGCUGGAUUUUUAUCUGAACCGAGUUAUGAUACUCGUCCUUUUUGUAGAGCUACAGAAGUCAAGUAUAAAAAGAAUUCAGCAUACACUAUUCACGAACAAAGUCUUCAAAAAUUGACAGCAAGAAGUUCACUGGAAUGCAGUCUAGCAUGUUUAUAUAACUAUUAUUGUAUAGGUUAUAGUUUUAAUGCAGGAGUUUGUAGUUUAAAUAAUAAUGGUAAUGGUUAUCCUCAAAUUACAACUAUAUACUCCAAGUUACUAUAGAGUCCUGGACUCUUAAAUCUCAAAAUAGACCCUGAGACUAUACCAGAACUCUAGUUGGUGGAUAAAAACAAUCUAAAGGUGUGUUUGAAAUUAUGUCAAAGCCCUUGUAAAUCUUAGUUUGAUUCUAUUUUUAUCUUCAACAGUUUCCACCUACUUUUAGCAAUGAAGGUUUUGGAAUCAAAUUUUCAUUUCAAAAUGUCUAAUUUAUGAUUCACAAUCUGCUUAUUCUUUUCUUACAUCUGAUAAAUAAACAAACACUAUUCUU